AUGUUCCGGAACGCCCUUCGACAGUCGACGCGCGCCGUCGGCGCUGUCUCUGCUGCUGGCAGGGUCGCCGCGAUCCGAAAUGCCGCACCCGCUUCCAUCAACGCCGCUCGAUUCUACGCCUCCGACGCAAAGGCCACUCCCACUGAGGUCUCUUCCAUCCUCGAGCAGCGAAUUCGUGGUGUCCAGGAGGAGUCCGGUCUCGCUGAGACUGGUCGUGUCCUCUCCGUCGGGUUCGCCUCCGGUGUCAAGGGAAUGUGCAUGAACCUCGAGGCCGGCCAGGUCGGUGUUGUGCUGUUCGGUUCCGAUCGUCUCGUCAAGGAGGGUGAGACCGUCAAGCGUACCGGUGAGAUUGUCGAUGUUCCUGUCGGCCCUGAAAUGCUCGGCCGUGUCGUCGACGCUCUUGGUAACCCCAUCGACGGCAAGGGUCCCAUCAAGACCACCGAGAAGCGCCGUGCUCAGCUCAAGGCUCCCGGUAUUCUGCCCCGAAAGUCCGUCAACGAGCCCGUCCAGACUGGUCUCAAGUCCAUCGACGCCAUGGUUCCCAUCGGCCGAGGACAGCGUGAGUUGAUCAUUGGUGAUCGUCAGACCGGUAAGACUGCCGUUGGUCUCGACACCAUCCUUAACCAGAAGCGAUGGAACGACGGCAACGACGAGAAGAAGAAGCUUUACUGUGUCUACGUCGCCGUUGGCCAGAAGCGAUCUACCGUCGCCCAGCUCGUCAAGACCCUCGAGGAGAACGACGCCAUGAAGUACUCCAUCGUCGUCGCUGCCACUGCCUCCGAGGCCGCUCCUCUCCAGUACCUUGCUCCUUUCACCGGUGCCUCCAUCGGUGAGUGGUUCCGUGAUAACGGCAAGCACUCUCUUGUCAUCUUCGACGAUCUUUCCAAGCAGGCCGUCGCUUACCGACAAAUGUCUCUGCUCCUCCGUCGUCCCCCUGGACGUGAGGCUUACCCCGGUGACGUUUUCUACCUCCACUCUCGUCUGCUCGAGCGUGCCGCCAAGAUGAACGACAAGCUCGGUGGAGGUUCCAUGACUGCCCUUCCCAUCAUUGAGACCCAGGGUGGUGAUGUCUCUGCCUACAUUCCUACCAACGUCAUUUCCAUCACUGAUGGUCAGAUCUUCUUGGAGGCUGAGCUGUUCUACAAGGGUAUCCGACCUGCCAUCAACGUCGGUCUCUCCGUCUCUCGUGUCGGUUCCGCUGCCCAGCUUAAGGCCAUGAAGCAGGUCGCUGGUUCCCUGAAGCUUUUCUUGGCCCAGUACCGUGAGGUCGCCGCUUUCGCCCAGUUCGGUUCCGAUUUGGAUGCCGCCACCAAGCAGACCCUCAGCCGUGGUGAGCGUCUUACUGAGCUCCUUAAGCAAAAGCAAUACUCCCCCAUGUCUGUUAACGAGAUGGUUCCUCUUAUCUUCGCCGGUGUCAACGGUCUCCUCGACCCUGUCCCCGUUAACAAGAUUCUCCAGUGGGAGGCUGACUUCCUUUCUCACCUCAAGACCAACGAGUCUGAGCUCCUUGCCACCAUUGACAAGGAGGGUGCUAUCUCCAAGGAGACCGAUGCCAAGCUCCGCGACGUUAUCCAGUCCUUCGUCAAGAGCUUCCUCGGUUAA